GUGCCUUGAGUUAGCCAGCAUUCACUUUUGCGUUUGACCUGAAACUGUUUGGCUAAAUUACACAAUGCGUGUCUAGGCUUAAAUUCAAACUAGCAAAGUUUUCAUUUUUUCUAUCAACUAUUUUUCCAUUUUUCGAGCAAAUUUUCAUAUUCUUUUCCAAGAACAAUUUUUCAUUCGCCUUUAACUUUUUGUAAUGAAUCAACGACGCGGAGGAUUCCAAUUGGAUGCCACCAGCAUGGGGCUAACGACAUCAAAGCCGCCCAUUGCCAAGACCAAAAAACAAACAGAGCAGCAACCAACGUAUCUCAGCGGAGGAGCAACAACCGGUGAAGCUACAAGGAAUCCUCCCAAGCCGGAGCCGCCGAGUGGACACAGCACAGAGAACUUCAAGGCCAGUGUGGAGCAGCUGCGCGGCAUUUGCGGCGAUGGAGCGAAAAUGAAUUUCGAAAUGAAUGAAAUGUUCCUCAAGCGACUCGAGUCCAUCGACACCGAAGCGGGGGGAGACUCGGAGCUUCGCUUGGUCACUCUUCAAGAUUGGGUGGAUCACCUGCUGCAUGUCAACUAUCUGCUCUUUGGCAACAUGAGCGCUCUUGAAAUGGACGUCUUCAAGAAGAUCAUGAAUGCUUUUCAAGAGCGUCGAGGUGAACAGCAGCAAACGCUCGAUGAGAAUCGACGAUUGAGAAAGGAUAUUUGUGCCAUCAUUAAGCUGGUGCAGGAAGCGUAUCACCACAACAAAUGGAACACCAACGACAUCUGCCUGGAGACCAUGACCCUCAAUCAACUUCUUGGACUGCAGGAAUGCCAUUGUCAGCCCUUGGAAAGCGAAGCCGAGAAGGUCACCAAGUGCAUGCAAUCGCUGGCCAACGAAGUGGCUGCCAAACACGAUGAAGUUUGUCAACUGCAGGAACAGCUCAAAGGCAUGGACGAAAUUGUCCAAACGGCACGACAGAAGCUAAUCCUCAAGGACAAAUGCAUAGCUCAACUAAAUCAGCGACUAGUGGAAUUACAAGAUUGUGUGAGCAAAAUGUCAAUGGACACGCAAAAUGUCAGUAAGGAACGUUUGGCAGCCAUCGAUUCCUGUGCGAAUCUGGACUUGGAAUCAUCGAGCUGCCUAUUCGAGAGUCUCAACCAAAAGGAUCAACAGACGAGUGAACUGCUUCGUAUGCUGAACAUUGAACUCACCGAGUUCAUCGAUUUGGUCAGCAAAAAUGAUCUGCAAGCCAUCGAUCAUCAUCGCAAGCUGCUCUCCUGCUUCUUCGAAAGAAUUAGUUUAGAUCGCACUACAACACAGAAUAACUUGGAUUCUUUACGUAGUCAGCUAAGAAACUUGGAACAGAAUCUGGAAGAACUUGAAGCUCCGAUUGCUGCAAGUAGUGAGAUUAUCAGCGACGAAGGCGAUGCACAGCUUGUGGACAAAUUGCGUCGACAUGUGCAAUCGAUUAUCGAUGGCAAAAAACAGCUCAAUGUCAGAAUACAACAAUUGGAAACUCAAUACAGAGUUCAAUUGCUGGAAUUGCAGUUUUCAUACGAGGCAGAACGUUCGGUAAAUCAGAAAAACUGUCAGGCAUUAAAAGAAAUUGCAGAUCUCUUCUCCAAGCUGCGUCGCUCUAGCUUCACCUACGAGGAACUAUACGAAGACUCAUCGAGCAAUAAUCCUUUCUGUUUGGCCAUCCUUGAGAUGCACGAAAAGCUGAGUGAAAUAGAGAACAGCAAAGUGAUGGAGGAACUCUGUCAGAAUAAUGAACGCUUGAUAGGUCAAAUCCACAGUCUCAAAUGCGCUCUCGAGGAUCGGGAAGGUCAAAUCACGCAGCUGCGCAGUGUGAUGGAAGGUUAUGUUGAUGCCACAGAAACAAAUCGCCUCAAGGACGAAAUCUACACGCUCAAACAGAGAAAUAUUGAGCAGGCGCAAAAAAUAAGUGAAAUAGCCGCAUUAUUAAAGCAACAAGAGGAGGAACGUCAUAAGCUGUGCAGCAACUAUGAGCAUCUUUUAAAUGCAAAGGAUGAUCAGAGCAAGGAGCUGAGACGAGCGAAAAAGGACGCACAAAAUCUGCUGGAUCGACUCAGUGAAGUAGAAAGAACCCAAGAGGAUCUCAAGACAGAGCGCAAGCUGCUGCGUGAGGAGAUCGUUGGACUGAAGGAGAAGGAAGCGAGAAGCACAGGACGUGAGCGAGCGAUGACCGAUCAGCUGAGAUCCCGUCAACAGGAGCUGGAGAAAUCACGUACGCUGCUCCGUGACAUGCACGUCCAUCUGAAGCAGGAGGAGCGACAACACAAGGACACCGUGGAUCGUUUGUGCCAUGCCAACGAGGAGAUAUCACUGCAAAUGCAGGCGAUGUCCUGUGAGUGCAAACAGAUGCAGCAAAAGCUGAAAAAGCAGACGCUCAUCGCUGAGCAGCAGCAACUGAUCAUCGACACGUUCCGCAAGUGGAAGGAUGCUCAGAAAAGAUCGGAUGAGGCAAUGCGCAUGUGCAUUCGGGGUGCCGAGGAACACGUCAACAGGCUGCUGGACGAGAAUCUACGCCUCAGCGAGGAGUACAAGUUGCUCUUUGGUGACUAUGCGGUGAUCGAAGCGGAGAUGCGACGCGUCAAGAGGGCGGUCAACAUGAGGCUGCCCUCGGGUGGCGCACUCUCCGAGGUUGUUGUCAGAGGGCAGAAGGUGCAAGAGGAAAUGGCAAAUCGUUUGAUCCUCAUGCGCACCACCUCGAAGCGGCUCACGGAACAGGUUCGAAUGAUUCAAACGCCUCCCUCGCCGUCUCCACACUCUCUACCAGCGAAUCCGAGUCCCAACCAGCAGUCGCAGGAGUUGACAUUGUCCACAAAUGCUUGUAUACAAUAAUAAUUUAUACAUUCAUACAUUUACAUUAAGCAUACAGCACAAAACUUUACAAGUAACACAACAUUCUCUCAUCCCCUGUCCAAUUCCUAUUGUAAUUUCUACUUGUUCUCUCUCCUAAAUACACAUUCGGCCAAUCAUUGUAAAUUGAAAGUUGUAAACUGUAGCGAAUAAAAUUAAUUAUAUGUGCUUUGUCGAAA